CUAUCGUCUCUCUCGGAGAUAUUACUCAGGGCGUUCUUCUGUGGAUCAAAGAUGAAUCAAUACAACGCUCAGCAGAACGCCUUCGUGUCUCGCGAGGAGAUGAUGGGACUUGAUCGCAGCAACGAUCUUGUCGUUUGUCCUAAGCCUCGACGUGUUGGCGUACUCGCUAACAACCUCACGCGCCCUCUGAGAUUACAUAUGAGUCAAGCCGCUGCUGAUUUGUGUGAUUCUGAAGCUGGUGCAGAGCUUUUGGACAUCAUUCGUAGAAAGGAGGACAAUGGUACAAUAGGGCCAUACUUUCUCGGUUCGCCUCCGAGCAGAGCAGCGAACCCAUUAGCCCAAGACGCUCGCUUUCGAGACGAGAAGAUCAAUCCACUCUCACCAAACUCUCCUUUGCUUCAGCCCAAUUCAUCAACCGGCUUUCCUUCCCCAUCUCCAUCAACAUCAUCUUCGUCGUCUUCGUCUCGUGGUUGCGUUAGGAUGAAGUUUGGACUCAAACCACCUGCAGUUAGAGUAGAAGGGUUCGAUUGCUUGAACCGUGACCGCCAGAGCUCGAGCAUCCCCGCCAUGGCUUAGUAGACAAGCCGAAAACAAGUGUAUAUAGUGAUUCCGGAGUCGUUUGUUCACCCAAGGCCCUAACAGAGAGAGAAGGAUUUGAUUACUAGUAUUACUAUUACCAUUUUUGAAGCAAAUGAAUAUUCUGAUAUCUAUUUAGUGUUUUUCAUCUAGAGUGAGAGGGAGGAUGUAGAUGAAGAUCAGUCAGCGUUUUGUUUAUACAUUAAUAAUUAAGGAGAAGACUUUGAAGAAUCUGUAAAAUUUUAUUGAGAGAGAGAGAGAGGUCUGGUUUGUAUCUUUUCUCUUUUGGGUUUCGUUGUAAUAUAAAAUUAUCUUCUUUCUGAGUAUGUUACACCAUUGUGUAUGGUAGUAACGCCUCUUUAACUUCUUGGCUGAGUUUAAGCUCUCCAACAACACCUCUGUAUAUGUGUUUUUUUUGUGUUUCAAUAAAUCUGUAUAUUAAAGCGCCG